UACUUUUACAGUAAUCGAUGUUGAAAACGUGAGAUUUUGUGGAUAUGUUUAUGUAAUAUUUAAAGUCAUCAGCUUGUACUAACGCCGCUGAUACACGAAUAUUGUUCCGUAAGUCUAGUCGCAUGUGCAUGUAUAAACUUAUUGGUUAGGGAUAACAGCGGUCGUUUGUGAAAAUGGAAGUGAUUUUGGGUCGCAGUACCACACUCACCAGUACCUUAGGGUUCGGGCCAAUGUUUAUCAAUAAAAAUUUGUUGGAAACAGUGCGUUUUAUGCGGUGCACUGAUCCGAAACGUUGGAAGCUGAAACUACCCGAAAGAUAUCCGCGUUAUGGAAACUUAUCAUGUAACUCUGUUCCAAUUUUCAAUCGUAUUACAACAAAUCAACUGCCACUAAGGUAUAAUAUUACUAAAAGUAGUGUUGCAGUUACACGAUACUGUGACUCAAAGCAAUGUACUAAAGAUGAUACACAAGAACCACAGAAAAAACUAUCAGUAUUUGCAAAGAUGAAACAGUUGACCAAGGAUUAUUGGCAUGUCUUAGUGCCAGUGCAUAUAAUUACUUCUGUAGGUUGGGUAGCUAUAUUCUAUGUAACAAUUAAAAAUGGUGUAAACAUUGCAAAAAUAAUGGAAUUCAUGCACUUUGGUCAAAAGUAUUUAGAUAUGGUACAAAACUCCCGUGCAGGAAACUGGGCUUUAACAUAUGCCUUAUAUAAAAUGUUUACACCCUUAAGAUAUACAGUGACUAUAGGACUCACAACAAUGACGAUCAGACAGCUAAGCAAAUCGGGAUUAGUGAAACCUUUACCAUGGGGUAAACAGCGUCAAGUUACACCUAAGACAACAGAAUCAAAUAAAACAAUGGGAGCACAGAAAACGACAUUUAAGGCCGAACAACAUACGGAACCCCCAAAAACGUAGCGGUGUAUGGGACAAAGCUGAUUAAUUUUUAU